AGAGAGAGAGAGAGAGAGACGCCCGCGCGCAGAGAGAUGGAGAUGGAAACGGAAGUGGAGUCCACUUGGAAGGGGCUGUUCCAGCGGCGAGUGGUCUUGGCGGACACGCACUGCCACACCAUCAACGGGCUGCUCCUCGGGAUGCUCGAGGUCAUUGGGGAGCGGAAGUGGAGCCGCGACCUUGUGCCCUGCGCGGAGGGGGCGCAGCGCACGCUCGAGAGGGUCUCCACGGAGCUCGCCCUCGCCCUCGCCAGCAUGGGCGCUGCCCGCCACCUCGCGCUCCGGGGCGGCGCGCCCUGCCCAAGCGCACCGCUCGACUCCGUCGACGACCUCGCCGGGGACCCCGAAGUGUGGUGCGCGCUGGACCGGCUCGAGGAAGCGGCCGAACUAGCCACCCGCGUGCACGACAGGGUGGAGUGCGCCCGCGGCCACCUGCGCGCGGCUGCGGUCCUGCUGGUCCUGGACGAGGGCGGCGGCGACGAGGGCGACGCCGCCCCGUGGGAGCAGAGCCCCUGGCUCUCCGAGCAGCACAACGGCGUCAUGGAGCUCGGUGAAGCGCUUUCGAAGGCGGUGGACCUCGUCGCGGCGACCGCGUUCGCGCGCGAGGCGGCGUUCGGCUUCGAGGGCAAUUGA